AAGAAAAGCACUGAUAAGGUUCAAAGUUUCAGGCGGUAAAACUCACAUCAGUCUGCAGCCAAGAUGACACACCGUGCAGUCAUACACUUAGUUUGUGCGUUGGGAGUCUUUCACAAAUGUCAAACAGCUCUGAUCGAAUCCCAGCAGACUGUCAUGGCAGCUGUGGGAGACAACGCCCGCCUGAACUGUCAGUUGAUGCAGUCCAAAGAUGUCGUGCAAGUCACGUGGCAGAAAAUCCUACCUGAGGGGAAGAAAGAUCUCGCUACUUACAACAAACACUUUGGUCAGAAAGUGAACCCUGAAUUUCAAGGAAGAGUGGAGUUCAAAGAUGCUGGACUGCAGAACAGCUCCAUAGUUAUCAGGAACGUGAGGGACCAAGAUAAAGGAUGCUACCGCUGUUUGUUUAACGCCUACCCUGAUGGUGCUCUCGCUGGUAGAACAUGCCUCCAGCUCUAUGAGCUGCAUGAAGCCUUUCUACAUGUCACAGAAUCAAACACUACUGAUACGGUAGCUAUCUCCUGCUCAGCCACGGGUCGACCUGCUCCCACAGUAACACUGUCUGUCCCUGACUGCAACUCCACCAGCGUCACCAACACCAACGGUACAGUCACUGUCACCACUACAGCCGUACUGUCUCGUCUCUGUGACAACCGCACGCGGGUUGGAUGUGCAGUGCGAGUGCUCUCUGGUCCUCAGAUAGAGACGUAUGCCACGAUUCCUGAGGUCAAAAGGUCGUCUUCUGAUGGUUUUGAUGUUGAAUCUGGAUCUGAUAACAGGGAUAUUGAGUUAUGUUGGAUCAUUGUGCCGGUCGUGGUACUGCUCUGUGUUUGUGCUGCUGCUGCUGUCAUCAUCCUAUAUAAACAGAAACACCAGAACCGAAAAAACCCACAAGUGAAUACUUGUUCAGCAGAGGCUUUUCUGGAAUUUGUCUGUGUGUCUCAAAGGGACUCUGGGGAGAAAAAGAAAGACACUAAUGAGCCCAGAACACCUUUAAUGACGAAAAUGAAUGAACUACGGCUACGGAUGUCUUCUGGAAAGAAUGAAAAGAGAGACCACCCUAAACCAUCUGCACAAGGAAAAAAACUUGAGUUUUAGCAGAGAACCACAGAUUAACCCGAAGAUGGAAGUGCCAAAACAAAAACUGCUAGUAUCAGUUCAUGGAUCUAUAAUUUAGGCGAUUGUUUUCUACCAAUUCUCUGUUGUAUUUGCAUCCUUUGUUUUUUACGUAUUUUGUAUUUGUUUGUUUUUUAUCGUACUUUGUAUAUGAACAAAUUGUUAUAAACAUGAAAA